UUAGGCGCAGACACCAGUUCUAACCGCCGCCCCACAUCCCUUCUUAAGCGCCAUUCUCGCACCCUUGGUCAUGCAACACCUCCUUGCUCACAUUAUGCAAGUUACAUACAUAUGCGAGGGAGAGAAAGAUCGAGAGAAACAGAGAGAUAGGAUGCUUACCAACGUAUCUGACGAUGCCAGUUCCCUUCUCUUCCGGAGACAGGUUCGAUCGCCGUUGGUAGCGGGAUCGAGCGAAGGUGUCGUCGAAAACGGAUCCAUGAGGGAGAGAUUUGUUAAGGAGUCUGAUUAAGAAGACGAGAUCCACAUGUUGGACAUUCAGGUCGGGUGGCCCACACUAGUGCAGAAACUGCAGCCUAGAAGCCCAUGGCCCAGAUCGAACUCAUGCAGUCCAGUUCGCGUGAAGCUCGUUUUGCUUGUCGACCCAAAGUUUGUGCCUCGACUCGAGUAACGACGCGCGUUCCUCAGUGUUGCACGUGUUGGGGGUGUGUCCUGCUCCUAGUCGUGACUCUCGACUCGACUGGCGGCUCAGUGUCGACUCAAUUUGGCACCUUAGACGGAAGAUAUACCUGUUUUAUACCACUUCCUAAGUUUCGACCCUCUCGCAACCAUUUUUGACCUUAUGGAGGCUACUUGAGGUAAGUAAGAUUCAUUUUUACUCAAAGUAAAUAUUUUUGGGAUAAAAUUAGAAGUAAUCAAUUCCUUUAGCUAGAGUAUAUGGAAUCGUAUGUCCUAAAGAAUGUGAUAUGGGCGGGUAUAGGUCGAGUUAAACGAAUGUUUGAAGGAUAGUUGCGCUAAUCCUAAUCUUCUAACCAAAACCGUCCGUUCUCAAUGGCGUCUCGACGGGUAAUGUCCGGUGGGCCGAUCGACGUGUCGUUUGUGAAGGAUCAUCCAAAAAUUUCUGGUGUUAUUUGGGCUGGGUAUCCGGGCCAGGCUGGAGGGCUGGCUAUUGCUGAUGUUUUGUUUGGUCAAACUAAUCCAGGUGGAAAACUUCCCAUGACGACAAUGGGCCUGAGGCCUGGCCCAUCUUAUCCAGGAAGAACCUACAGAUUCUACAAUGGCCCCGUCGUUUACCCAUUCGGCCACGCCUUAAGCUACACCACUUUCACUCACGAAAUUCUCAACGCACCCACCGCCGGCUACCGGCGGCCCCAUAACGCCACCGAUUUCUCCGGCGAGGCUAUAAGAGUCACGCACACAAAAUGCAACAGGCUAUCACUUGUGAUCCACGUGGCAGUCAGAAAUACGGGCCGACAUGAUGGGCCGUACACGUUGUUGGACAGAUUUACGGGCCGACAUGAGGCCCAAGCCCAGAAAGAAGUCCAGAUUAAUAUCCACGUGUGUAAAUUUCUGAGCGUGGUGGACAGGUUUGGAAAUAGAAGAGUUCCAAUGGGGGAACAUGGAAUUCACAUUGGUGACGUUAGGCAUUCAGUGUCUCUACAGGCUGAGACAUUGGGGAUUAUCAAAUCUUGAAUGGGAAAUGUGACGGAUUUGCCCCUCUUGUCAAUUUUAUAAUACCGGAUUUGUCCUUCCCGGGAUGGGGUUAUUGUUGUGUUGGGGGCAAAAUUGGGAUAUUAUAAAGUCUAAAAUUUAUUGCAACAAAGUAUUAUAAAGCAAUGGCUGUUGUUAGCUAAGGUUUGGCGUAAAA